CAGCAGCAGGCAGCUGCAGAGGAGCGAGUCUUCUGUUGCUUUUAGCUAACGUAAACUGUUUAAAGUUUAACUUUUUACGGCGUGGUGCUGUUUUUUACACAAAACUAAAUAGGUAAUUAAGACAUUAAACCUGCAGUCUUUUCGCAAUGCCAUUGCCUAACGCUGCCGCAUCUAUGAGAAAGGGCUCAACUGUUCUGAAGGUAACUUUACCUGGUGUGAAGUCAACUAAAGCUGCAAGUAAGAAAAAGGAUGAGGAAGAGGGAGUGGAUACAGGUGAUGGAUGGGACGAAUGGUCUCAUGGGAAAGCACUUAAGCCUCCAGAUCAACUGGAGCUCACUGAGGCUGAGCUGAAGGAGGAAGUCACAAGGAUUCUGACUGCAAACAACCCUCAUGCACCCAAAAAUAUUGUCCGCUACAGCUUCAAGGAACGAUCCUACAAGCCUACCAGUGUUGUGGAUCAGAUGGCUGUUCACUUUGUGUUGGAGGGCAGCCUCCUGCAUCAAGACUCUGAUGAGGCUCGUAGACUGAGGGCCAGGGAGGGUCUCCCUGACGAGACUGCAACAGUCGAUACUGGAGCCGAACCUGAUGAGGACAAACCAGAAACCCCGGCUACACCCUUAGAGGAUGGAGGGGAUGUGGAGGAAGCUGGAGAAGAUGACAGACCAGACAGCGUUGCCUCAAAAACAGACAGGAAGGAGCCAAAAGUUACCAACCAGUUCAACUUCAGUGAGAGGGCGUCCCAGACCCUUAAUAACCCGCUGAGGGAAAGGAGCUGCCAGACUGAACCUCCUCCACGCUGCAUCUUCUCUGCCACCGCUAAUCAGUGGGAGAUCUAUGAUGCGUAUGUGGAGGAGCUGCAGAAACAAGAAAUAAAUAAAGAGAAGCAGAAAGCUGUCACAUCAAAGAAAGAAAAUGAUAAAGGCAAGAAGAAGACAAUGCUGAUGGAGACUCAGAAUGAUGACAACACCAAAGUGGGAAAGGCGUCCAAUAUAUUUGAACGAAUGGUCACUCAGAAUACUUUUGAUGACAUAGCACAAGAUUUCAAAUACUUUGAGGAUGCGUCUGAUGAGUUCAGGGACCAGAAAGGCACCCUUCUCCCUCUGUGGAAGUUUCAAUAUGACAAAGCCAAAAGACUGUCUGUCACUGCCCUCUGCUGGAAUAAGAAAUAUCAGGACCUUUUUGCUGUGGGAAUGGGAUCAUACGACUUCAGUAAACAGGGGCGUGGCAUGCUUGUCUACUACUCAAUGAAGAACUCUGCUUUCCCUGAGUACAUCUACCCCACUGAUUCUGGUGUCCUGUGCCUCGACAUCCAUGAGCAGCAUUCCUACCUGGUAGCAGUAGGCUUCUAUGACGGCUGUGUGGCUGUGUACAACUUGAAGGAAGAGGGAUUGGAGCCUGUCUAUAAGAGUACAGCUAAGACUGGCAAGCACACAGACCCUGUGUGGCAGGUGCGCUGGCAGAAUGAUGACAUGGACAAUAACCACAAUUUCUAUUCUGUGUCGUCUGAUGGCCGAGUAGUGUCCUGGACCCUUGUCAAGAAUGAGCUGGUGUUUACAGACAUUAUCAGACUGUCCCUGAAUGGUGCUAUCUCUGAGGGGCCAGAAGGUGUACAGCACCCUGGCAUUGCCUGCGGUACAUCAUUUGACUUUCAUAAACAGAUCGAUUAUCUCUUCCUAGUUGGAACAGAGGAGGGGAAAAUACACAAGUGCUCCAAGACGUACUCAAGCCAGUUCCUGGAGUCCUAUAAUGCCCACAGCAUGGCAGUGGAUGCUGUAAAAUGGAACCACUUCCACCCAAAGGUUUUCAUCUCGUGCAGUUCAGACUGGACCGUCAAGAUCUGGGACCAUACCAUCAUCACUCCAAUGUUCACCUUCGAUCUGAAUGCAGCUGUUGGUGAUGUCGCCUGGUCUCCAUACUCCUCCACUGUAUUCGCUGCUGUCACCACAGAUGGAACAGUUCAUGUCUUUGACCUCAACAUCAACAAAUAUGAAGCCAUCUGCCAGCAGCCAGUGGUUGCCAAGAAGAAGACCAAGCUGACUCACAUUGAGUUUAAUCCCAUCUAUCCUAUCAUCAUAGUGGGCGACGACCGAGGCUAUGUCAGCAGCCUCAAACUCUCCCCUAACCUCCGCAAGAAACCCAAGGCCAAGAAGGGUCAGGAGCAGCCUAAGGGUCCAGAAGUGGAAGUUGCCAAGAUGGAGAAGCUCCUCAGUCUGCUGAGGGAACCAGAGCAAAACGCAGUUUAACAUGACCGCUUUGGCUCCCAUGCACAACAUGGUACAAUCUUUUAUUCUCAUUCAUAAAAAAACAAACUUCUCUUGCUCAGUUCGUGCAACAGUAAACAACAACAUAACAAGAAAACUAUUUGUAUGCAUUUAUUGAAAAAUGUGUUCUAGUGAUCGCUCUCAAGCUGUUAAUAAACUAUUCAUAUUCAAUUAAUAAUGCAUUUAUUUAUACUGCAGUACUUGAUACAUAUUAAACAGGCAACGUUAGAAUUCCAUUAACUUGACUGACCUCUUCUGCAAGGAUUUAUUAAGCCCAUUCCGUAUGUAUUGUACAAGUUGAUAGAGCUAAAAAGUGAAGGGGGAGAGUUACAGCGAGUGAACGGGGAGAUAAAUUAGCGUAAUAGAUUGAGUAUUUAUGGACCACAUCCAGACGACUUAUCUUGGCUGGCACACGCCGUCCCGGGCAGCCGUCCAGGGAUGAGCUAGAAGCCUUUUAAUAUCGCAUCUACGGGGAGAACUUUGCUUUGACUCAUGCCGCUGUCCGUCUUUAUUUUGCCGUUUUUUUCUAUUCCUCUCUGUCUGAAUGAUCUUGUCCUUCAGUAAAGAACUACCCAGUGCUCUGAUGCUCAACUGGAAUCACAAGCUGCCACAGCGCUCUCUUUCUUUCUCUCUAUCCUCUGCCCUUCGCGUCUUUCUGCAAAUUCAUGCAGCACUCUCUCUCCCUUAAGUGUGAUUCAUUACUUCAUCUCCACAAGUUUAGCUAGAGAGGGCUGCUCAAUCACCUCAUUUUUUACAGACAAUGCGUAACAAAUGAUUGUGGCCAUGGGGUAGUAAUGAGAAUACAGCUGCAACACCUCAUUACUGCUGUAAUAGGAAGCAUACUGCAGGCUUGGUCACAGAACUGUUUGUUCUACUCCGUUUCCGAUUUGUUUAUGUUGCAUUUUUUUGUAUGAAAUUUGGGUUGGGUGAUGAUGUUUCCUGUGGGUAGUAAGAGCAAAGCAAAGGUCAAUAUUUCAGGGCAACUACUGCAGUAUUUCCACCCUUGUGUACUCGUACUCUUAUGUAUCAUCAAUAUGUGUUAUUUAGUGAGCUCCAGGAGGUACUUGAUGAGGUGUUGUAAGUUGCUAGUAUGUUGUUGACACUGGCUUUAGUUAUUCUGCUAAAAUGACUUCCUGAUACCUCCUCAGAGGGGUACGAACUUUCCUCUAAAGACAGGGAUUCCUCUUUUACUCAGAUCAAAGCAUGUUUCAUGGCUGCUUUGCAUUCUGAUCUACAGAAGCUAUUGUCAGGUUUCUGUGUCCUUUACACUGGAUUUCUCUAAUUCUUUAAUUCUGAUAUUCUCAAACCCAACAAAACGGGCCUGCAGUAUAAAUACAAGGAUAAUCCAGAAGUUUAUCUUAACACACAGUGUUCUUUUGCUUGAAGAAAACAAACCAAUCCUAGUGUAAAUUGGUGCAGUGUAUCUCUUGCUUUCAGCCUCUCUCAGUUUCCCUGCAUCAGAUCCAUACUUGUGGUGGUUUGAAGGAUGAUGUUUCAGUGCACUACUACUGUAGUUCCCCAAAGUUGGAGUAUUUCUAACUCUACACACACAUUAGUAGCUUUAACAGACAUAUUUUCAUGUAAGCAACAUCGUUAUAUUUGGAAAUUCUUGCUUACUUAUUCCUUACUCUGUGUUAAUCUGGUAUUAGCUAAAAACCUGGAAGGUAUUCUUAAAUUUAAAAUACACAUCACAAUAUCUCCUAC